GACGUCGUAUACGAUCGUUUACGGCUAUCGUAAUGCUCGUCCUGGGAGAGAUGCAAUUAUUUGUAUCAACAAGUGAUUUGUCUUUCUUCCUCUUAGUCUGACUCAUGAAUAGAAGUUUCAUAUUUUUUGUUUUCAUACUCUAUACAAUGUCAUGAGACAAAGGUUAUCUAAUGGAUUGAUUUUCACCUAUAUAUGUAUGAGUUAAAACUAUAGUAUUAUAUUCGCCACAUCAUGGAGGAAGUAAUAUGCUGGUUCUUCCCCAAUCUAGUACCAAUGAUAAAUGACUUCAACACGAAAUUCGACUUUUUCCUCCGAUCAGAUUACGUUGCACACAAAUAUCGUAGAUUUAUGAUAAACAAAAUACUAUAUAAGAGAGCUGAUUUUUUUCAAUGUACGAGCAGUAACAAGUAAAGAACAGACAGUUUAUACUUGGUACUUGACUCACAACUAUACGGUUGAUGGUAAGGUUUUUCUCUGAUCUAAAGCCAUAGACUAAAAAUGAAAGAAGUAUGAAUUAAAUGCUUCGCCAAGUGAGAAUUGACACUAGAAGAAAAAUAGUCAUUUUUAUUUAAUAACCUAUUAGUUGCAAGGUUCUUUCACAACAAAACCAGUUCGUGAAAGAUUUUUUGUGUAAUAUUUUAUUAGUUUCAAAUAAAUAUAUCAAUUAUGUUAAGUGAGAUGUUAGAACAUGUUUUGUGCCUCAACUAAUCAAGGUCAUAAAAACAAUGUGACACUAAGAAAUCAUAAAAACGAGCAUAUUCGAUUACAAAAAAAAGAUGGUUUGAAGUUUCUCUCGUCAACUAUUAAACUAUACGAUUUUCACUACAACUUAUUUAGAUAGAUUGGUUAUUGUAAUUCACCAUAAACGACAUGGACUUUCUCCCACCAUUCUGGGGCUCCGUGCUCCAUUUGUUGUAGUGUCAUUUUACACGUCAGAAAGUAGGAGCUUCGAAAUACAAAUAGAAAUCACUCAUUGUUCUAUGAUUUUUUGGCACACAGCGAUUCAAUGUAAUUCAUAAUGUUGAGUCGAAAAAUUCGAUUUCACAAGCGUCGAGAGUAGUUAUUCUAGUUUUCUGAGAUUUUAGGUCAAUACCCAUUAUUUUUAUUGACAAUAUGUUUUGUUUUUAUUUCAGAUAGAUACUGCGUACUCUAUUUAUUAUUCGGAAUGGAUUUAAUUCGGGCCGGUGUCAUUCUAUUUUGGCACUAGUGUCAUCUCAGGCAUUUUUUCUGUCUUAAAAGCUCUCCCAUACACACAAUCAAAAAGGUCUUAAUUCUUUAUACAAUCAACGGAUAACAUCGCUUCGAGAAUAUCGUCGACCAUUAGAAAUAAAACCAAUUGCAGGAUUUGAUGUUGCCGGAAAAUUGAAUGAGUGGGGUAUCAAUCAUCGUGGUCAAGUAGCAACAUUGCAAAAUGGUGAACGUUUUCUCAUUCAUAAAGAAUCUGGUUUUGGCCACAGGUCUCAAACGGUUGUUGUUGAUGCUAAUCAUAUGUCAAGAAAGUGGACACCACAUGAUUUAUUUGCAUCAUUGGAUGAAGGACUUCUUGAACGGUUUACAUAUUAA